AUGGCGAAUCAAAACAAUGUGACUGAAUUUGUACUACUGGGGCUCACAGAAAGCCCAAGGAUGCAAAAAAUCAUAUUUGCUGUGUUUUUGUUCAUCUACGUCAUUUCCAUGGUAGGAAAUGUGCUCAUCCUUCUCAUCAUCAUCGUUAGCCCAUUACGGAAGUCCCCUAUGUACUUUUUCUUAGCCCAUCUCUCCAUUAUUGAUGCCUGCUACUCCUCAGUCAAUAAUCCAAAACUGAUUGCAGAUUCACUUCAUGAAAAGAAGACUAGCCUGUUCAACACAUGUAUGACUCAAGUCUUUGCAGAACAUUUCAUAGGUGGUGCUGAGAUCAUCCUGCUGACUGUGAUGGCCUAUGACCGCUAUGUGGCCAUCUGCAAGCCCUUGCACUAUGCAACCAUCAUGAACAGGAGAUUGUGCAGCCUGCUUUUGGGUCUGUCCUGGGUGGGCGGCUUCUUGCACGGAGCCAUACAGAUGUUCUUCAUCCUGCCACUGCCAUUCUGUGGCCCAAAUAUCAUAGAUCACUUCAUGUGUGACCUCAUCCCUCUGCUCCAGGUGGCCUGCACCGACACCCACAUUCUGGGGCUCUUUGUUGCUGCCAACAGUGGAUUUAUGUGUCUGUUAAAUUUCCUGCUUCUCUUGGUCUCCUAUGCAUCUAUUCUGUUCUCCUUAAAGACCCACAGUGUGCAGGGCAGGCAGAAAGCCCUCUCCACCUGUGUCUCCCACAUCANGAUGAUUUUAGUUUGCUUCAGUCCUGUUUGUGUGUUUUUGUUGAUUUCCUGGGCUUUUGAGGUUUCUUUCCAAAAAGUCCUCAUUCAUUCCAUUGUAAAGUCCAGGUUUGGAUAUAUUGCCAUGGGAGACCAAAUUAUAGGAAUUACAGAGCCUUUAUGA